GGAAAUUAUGCUAGGAAUUCCAAGCCACACACAUGUGCAUGGGUGCUAAUGCCUUUGAUCCAAAUGCAUGAGACCAGUUGUGCCGACAGUUUCCCCACUGAUGGGACAGUUGGCCUUCAGAUGAGGGACAUGGAAUUAUGUGGUGUUGUCAGGACAGACCAAGGAGAGCUGGAGAUGGAAGUGAUGCACGUGCCUAUGUACAGCAGGGAGCUGGACCCCACUGCUAGGAUGACCAAUCAGGACGGAGGCCACAGGUCACCUGACAGUGACCGACCAACCAGCAUCAGCUCUACCUCUUCUACAUCCUCCUCUUCCCUCGGAUCCUCUGGAAGGCUUAUUCUUGCACCAAUCAACCUUAACGAAUCGUCCUGUGAUGAGGCGGCAAAGGAAACAAUUGACAGAACUCCUGAGAAAGUAUUACGGAAACGUUCUGCACCUGCCAUUAUACAGAUGUCCUUACCAUCUUCAACAAACUCUUCCCCUGAGGAGAAACCUAUUAAAGACAAACUUCUGAGAGUCAGUAUGCCGACUGGGAAACUGAACAACCGAAUCAGCCACACAGAUAGAGUGGUGUUGGAGAUUAUGGAGACUGAACGGGCAUACGUCAAGGACUUGCAAGACAUAAUCGAGGGUUACAUGGGUUGUAUCGUGGACAGGCCAGAGCUGCCCAUCACAGCUGAGGAUGUCUCCUCCUUAUUUGGGAACAUGGAACAAAUUUACGACUUCAACAGUGGACUCCUGAAGAACCUGGAAAACUGCAGGCUGAGGGCAGUCAAGGUCGCUGAAUGUUUUGUCGAAAAGGCAAAAGAAUUCCAUAUCUACACACAAUAUUGCACCAACUAUCCCAGUGCUGUUGCUGUUUUGACGGAGUGCACACAAAAUAGAGUCAUGAAUGACUUCUUCAAGGAGAGACAAGCCGUUCUGAAACACAACCUCCCUCUGGGUGCAUACCUGCUGAAGCCUGUACAGAGAGUUCUGAAAUACCAUCUACUGCUGCAGGACAUUGCUAACAACUAUGAAGGUGAGGAUGGGGGCCACAGCACCAUUAAGGAGGCCCUGGACACCAUGACCCAGGUGGCACACCACAUCAACGAGAUGAAGAAGAAACAUGAAGACAUGCUGUAUGUCCAGGAAAUCCAAAGUCAGCUGUCCGGAUGGGAUGGUCACGACCUGACAACAUAUGGGGAGCUACUUCUGGAGGGAUCUUUUCGUAUGUCUCGGGCCCGGAAUGAGCGUCAUCUGUACCUGUUUGAGAAGAUGCUACUAGUUACCAAGAAGUUACCCAGCGGUCUGCAGUGCAAGACUCAUAUCCUGUGUUCCAACCUGAUGAUAGUAGAGAGCAUCUCUAACCAGCCCAACAGUUUCCAUGUCAUACCGUUUGACAACCCAAAGGUGCAGUACACAUUUCAGGCCAAGACCCUGGAACAGAAAAGACUAUGGACCAAACAGUUGAAGACCCUAAUCCUAGAAAACCUGAAUGCUGUCAUUCCAACCAGUGCAAGGAAAGCCAUUAUGGAAUUGGGGAAUGAACGUCCAUAUCAUCCUGCACACGAGGAGCGAGGGGAGAAGGGAAGAACAGAGAGACGAGAUUCUAACAAACAGCAUGAGGAAGAAGAAGAGAGGAGGAGGGAUGAAGGAAUGGGAAACAUGAGACAUCGGGUGGGCAGGGCUGACUCCAGGAGGCUUACACGGGCAAAGACAGAUACAGUCUUGACUCCAAUGGCAAAGCUUCAAAGAGGAAUUCAGCUCAAAGGGAACUUCCUGUUAGGCAUGAAAAAGCCUGAUCUCACAAGCCCUAGAUUUAAGAGAGACAAGUCCAUGCGAGGUGCAGAUUCCAGUGCUGAGGGGACCCAGAGUGAGAGUGAGCUGACACCUCGUAAGGCCACAGAUCAGAAGCUGCUUCCUCUCCAGACUUUCUCUGAUGGAGAACAGCCACCCACCAUCCAAGAAACCGAUGAGGGACCUGUGGUUGUGAGGAGACGCAGCAGCAGGAAGCGGGCUGGACAGACCCCUUCCCCCAUCAUGGCCCAUCGGCGCAGUCGCAGUGUGGACAGUCUCGUGCUGGACGGCACCAAGGAGGACGUGGAGGCAUUCCUGGACGUGUUGGUCAAGGCUGGGAGAGAAACGGACCUGAGGAUCGAGUGUGAAGAGGACAGUAGCAAUAGUAACGGUGUGGAAGUGCAGGUACCUGAGGUGGUCACAGAUAGGUCCUCUGGUGCAAGUAACAACGUGGACUCGUCAGAACAGACACAUAAUGAAGAAAACAGUACUGUGUGUAACGGGCACGAAGCAAUUACAGAAGAGACAAUAAGCAAAAAGCAAAAUGGUGUUCUGUCAGGUAGCCCGGUUGCAGUCCAGAAAAACAAGCCAAGUGGUGUAGACAGUAAUGUUGCAAGGACUAAGAAGAGUGUUGCUGAGUUAGAGAGAGGAGAUGAAGCCAGUGGAGAAGAUGCUCUUCAAACAGAUUCAGAUGAGGAGGGCGACUAUGACCACAUCUCCCCUUCCUAUCGUCCUGACAUGGUACGGCCCAAGUUUAAUGACAAAGAUGACGAGUCCUUGGAUAUCUGGGUUCGUAGACCAGGCAUGUUCAGUAGUGUGCAGAACCUGAACACGCAGCCACGUCCUUCAAAUCUUACACUCUUCCAUCAAUUCCAAAGACCAAAUUCCAACGGAAUGCUGAAUUUUCCGGCUAAGCCCAACCGGAAGUAUAGCCUGGAAGAGGCAUUUGAGAUGCUCCACAGCAGUGCGAGUAGCAGCAGCAGCAGCCAGCCCUCCAGUCCCAGCAAAUCUGUCAGCCUGUGCAAUAUCUCAGGAAACUUUGCAGCAUCUCCGCAACGCAGCCCAUCAAUAGACUCUAUGUCUGCAGAAGUGGAGAGGAAACUGUCAGAUCUGGAACAGGACCAAGAGCGCUUGUCGUCAGAGGCUGUUGAUACAGAGGACAUAUGGAGUGACCUCGAAGCCUACAUAGAUAAGAGUAUAGAUGACUGCAAAGCAUCCAAGCCAGCUACCCCUGUGAAAAUAAUAGAAGCACCACCAAAGCUAGCCAAGACAGAGAGCAAUGUGAGCCCGGCAGCAAGGGGCAUCAGAUCUGCCCUACACAACUUUGUCCGUCGGUCACCUCUAGCAAGGGCGAGGGAAAGAAGCGACUCUUCAAGUUCUAUUGGCUCCUUUGGCUCUGCAAGAAGAGCCUCUUCAAGCUCUGUCUUUCUUCAAGAAGACGUAAUUGAGGAGCAUCCUGGAAGUGGCAUGGCAGGCAAACACGGGAAAAACCGUGUGUAUCGACUGGCCCGAGAGUACAGCAUGAGGGUAAAGAAACGGGCAGCAGCAGCCCAGACUUUAUUGAAGAAACGCAACUAUUCCGAGGGUGACGCUCUGCGCCCUGCUGUCGGGAAGGUCAGGAGUCACUCCUUCGUUGGGUCCGCUGCUGUUGGAGCCCGCAUCGCACAACAUUCAGACCCAUCAAAGGUCUUGAAGAGAAGCAGGAGUGUUACUCAGUCAGAUGGGGAUAUUUCCUACUUGUCAGGCUUGAACAGGUUCUCCUCAGCCAGUCUGAACUCCUGUGACAGCCUGCUGUCCUCUGCCUUCACCUCCCCGGCCAGCAGUCGCCCGCUGAGCGAGCUGUCUGUGGGGGAUCCUGUACGCAGUGCUACGUCAUCCACAAGUGAGCCAACAGAAACCAUCCUGAAAAUCACAGAAGAUCAGCCUGAGGUGAAAACUACUGCCCAAACCACAGAAAACAGCAGCAAGACUGAGGAAGGUGAAAACUCUGAGGAGAGUAAGCCAGAAGCUCCUGGGGAGCAUCGGAACUCUCUCUUCAUGAACAACAAUAAUAAAGAUAUUCCUACAAUUGUAAUAAACCAUAAGACUACCCCAAAAAAGGCUGAAACAACCCACAGGAGACCAAGGAGAAGCACAAGUACCCGAGAGGAAAGGUCGUCUACGUCAGAAGCUGUGGUCAGGUUAAGUAAGAGACCACUGAGUUUCAUUGAAAGGAGAAGCCUGCGCCAGGGAAACAAAAUGUCGAUAGCUGGGCUAGAUAUAUCCCGCUCUGCACCAAACUCGGUGACCAGUUCUCCCAUCCUGACAUCCAGCCGGACACGAAAAAUAUCAUACUCUGAGGACAUCACUCAAGCCUUGCAGGGAAAACUGGAGAAGUACGGCCUUUCAGCUGAACCUCGCACUGUCGUCAUCAUUGAGAAGGAUAAGGAUGGGAAAGAAAAAGUCAUCAGCUCCCCAAGCGAGAGCAAAAAAGACCCAGGAAGACGGAGGUCAUAUGAGUCCAGACAGCCACUGUGGCGAUCUCUCUCUUCCUCAUCACUCAACACAGAUGCAGUAUCCACAAAUUCUAUAAAGGAGAGGACAAAGCAAUAUCUGCAGAGUGUUGCACCUACAGAUCAGCCGCAGGCUGCUUCUGCACCUGCAGACCCUGCACCUAUCACAGAAAAGGCAUUCGGACUGGUCGAGAUGAACGGAUGGGUUAAACAUGUCAUCAGCAUGUUCCAGCCUGACGCCUUUUAAGUUGAUAAACCCCAGUGCCAUAACAAAGUCAUUACAGACACUGACUGAUUGCUAUGUUCAGCAAGAGCUGACAGACUGAUGCAGGGAUCUUGCACGAAGUUUUGAGCAUGUUGCAGUGAACUUCACAAAGUUGGACACCAACAUAUUCUUCAUAUUUUGGUGGAGCAUCCACUAGUAUGGAGCAUCCAUUAGUAUGAUGUUAGUGAGUUUUGUGUAUGAUGAUGCAGCAACAUUCUCCAGUUCGUUGCAGAGAGCCAUGUAACAUACGGUUUGAUUCUCAGAGAGGGUCGGGUAAUCUAACCAGUGUGUCAGCAGGUAAUACAUGUACUCAGAUGGUGCAACAAUUGUGGUUUCAGACACAGUGGUAGUUGCACACAUAUAGUGCUGUGAUGUAACAAGAAACAAAUUCUAUAAAGUAUGUAUGUUUUAAUCUCUAGUUUAGAAUUCUGCUGCUGGUUGGUAUUACCUGGUGUACUGAUGUCCACGUCUGGUGUAAAACCUUGCUGGCAAGGAAAAAACAGUUUUAGUCUUCACUGCACCUCGGUAGCAAUAAAAACAUGCACACUUUACAUUGAUGUUUUAGAUCCAAAGUAUGCUUUUUUGCUGUUCAGUGUUCACUUCCUCACAAUUGGUGCUAUUUCAGGGGCUUUGUACUUUGUGGCAUUUUGUGAUGUUACAGGACAGGAUAGAUAACUGAUUGACCUCUGAUGAAAGCAAAAUUAUUAUAUACUACUUGAUAUUUGUUGACUUAUACUUGUUAUGACAAACUCUGUAUGAUACAAGUUUACAGCAAUAACUAUGAUAUUCUUGGUGCCUGAUUUUCAUAAACAUAUUUUCAUCUACAUAUUUUUGUAGAUUUUUAUAUGGACUUUGUAUGUUUUAUGUGAGCUCCCAAUGGUUUUUAUAUGGGGUCUGUGCAUGUUUGAAUGGGAGGGAUCCUGCAUGAUGUUGAGAAAUUGUUCCUGUACAGCAUUGACUUGGUCAUUGUAAAAAGAAGCAAGUUUGUACCUGUAACAUUAUCCUUAGCAUAUUCAUUGUAAGAUUUGCUAGUAAUGGGAACACAACAUGAAAAAUAUUUUUCAGCAUUUAAAGAUGUAAUGUUUUCUCCUUUUAUCUGUUAUGGUGUUGAACAUAGUCACUUCAAAAUUCCACACAUGCAUGCCCCUAUUAUGUUGCGUCUUCGUUUUUCCUGUGCAAGUAUUAGUUAGUGAUGGAUAUGAGGACCCCUGUCACAUUGCAUGUGUACUGCUGUUGCUAAUUUGUUAAAUCACCUACUGUUGGGUGCCCUCGGGGAUGAUAAUGCUUUAUGUUUGCUACACCAGUCAGUGUUAAAGGAGCAUCACUAUGGAUUGUCAUGAUAGCUUAGGAGAGUACAUUUACUACAUUGUAAGAUAAUGUCUAUGUGCCCUUGCAUUUGCAUUAGUUGUGAAAGCAUUUUUGUUUCUUACAGCUUCAUUCACAUUUUGGCAUAAUGUUCAUGUAUAUACUUGGAAACUACUCUUGAACCAGUUCCUUUACAAUUCUGCAGAAAAAUGGAAGCUACUACAUGUAGCAGUGUUUCUGAACCUUGUUGACCUUAGCCCCAAUCCUGUCACAG